AUGACAUCUUACCUUCAGAAAGAAAGGAUCCGAGACCAGUGGAAGACCUCGCAAACCGUUCUUAUCCAUAAGAAAAGUGACCGAAAGGACCUUCGGAACUACCGUCCGAUAUGCUUGUUGAGCGUAUUAUGCAAAGUAUUCACUAGGAUCAUCCUUACGCGCAUAUCUAGGACGCUGGAUGAAGCCCAGCCUCAAGAACAAGUUGAAUUCUUCCAGGGGUUCGGCUGCUUGGACCACAUCCAGACUGUGUCGAGGGUCAUAGAGGUUUGCCGGGAAUACCGUCUGCCCCUCGUUCUAACCUUUGUCGACUAUAAGAAAGCCUCCGACAGCGUAGAAACGAAUGCAAUACUGUCAGCGCUGGUCGAUCAAGGUUUGGACGCUUCGUUUAUGAGGACAUUAGCCAACUACUACGAUCGAUGCACUGCUAAGAUACAGCUUUUCCACCGCCCACUCAACAUACCCAUUGGAAGGGGACAACAUCGUUUUUCUUCGAGCAGUACCAAUGAAGCAGAAACGAUGCUCAACGAAUUGAACGAAGAAGGGAAGGAAAUAGGACUGCGAAUAAACAGGAAGAAGACACAGUUCGUAAAGAACGUCUAUUGCGAGGACGAAGGAGUACAAGUUGAAGGCUCCCAAAUCGUGGAAACUUCGUCAUACGUAUACCUCGGACGUUCUAUGAACAUGGAAAACGACUUGAAGGAAGAACUGAAUAGAAGAAUGAGAGCAGCAUGGGCAGCAUUCGCAGCCGUCAGGGAAGCUACGGACCAACUGACGAACUAA